AUAUGAAUUUGUUUAAAGAAUCUUUAAAAGAUCGUAACACGUUUUGCAUUAUAUAUUUUUAUAUAUCUAGUCCUAUUAAAAUAACAAAAUACCAAACUUUUUCUUAUAAGUAACGAUAACUACGAAAUUAGGUACACAAGUCUCUGCCCUACGUUUUAUGAUUAGAUGAUACAAAGGACCACUUCAACCCCAGAGAAGAUGAUCGGAGGAAAGAUUCCUGACGGCGACUUACCUGUUUCAUCGGCGGAGUCACGAGUUUCUGCAUCGCUACCAUGUUUUCCGGCGAGUGUUGAAGGGUUACGUAGACGGAAGAGUUUAGCUGAAGCGGGGAAGAGAGAUAUCUUCUACGGAGAAGAUGACGUGGCAGAUUUGAUGUUUAGAGAAGAGGAAGUGGAACAAGACACGGUCAUGAGAGCUUAUAGAAGUAACGAAGCUAUGAAAUCGAUCCAAGAUACGAGAAGAAGACAAAGAAGGUUGUUUUGUUUUGAAUGUUUUGACUUUCUCAAACUUUUUUUCUCUAGAGAUCGAAACUAAUAACCCUAACAACAAACAGUGUUUCUUGUAUCUCUUUAUCUUGUAAAUUCUUUAGUUCGUAAUUUAAUGAAAAGCAAAAAAAAAAAAGUUCUUAACC